AGCGCAGUUCCAGUGACGAGGAUAAACGCGUACGGUGGAUUCCCGCCACUCCGGCGGCUGCGCGUGGGCAUCAGUGAGAGAGUUCCAUAUAAAAGCUCCAGCAUCCUCUUCAGCCUCUGACACUCUCUGUUUGAAUGAUACAGUGUCUCCUCUUCCUCCUCCUCCUCCUCCUCCUGUGUUUUCUCGGAAACAUUUUCCCGCAGUAGAAAUUCAAAUUCUCGUCUAUGGUUCUGACUCAAGCUUCCAAAAUGUCCCGGACCGAUGAGGUGCACCGUAUAACGGAGAAUGUCUACAAGUCCAUCAUGGAGCAGUUCAACCCUUGCUUGAGGAACUUUGUUGCCAUGGGGAAGACUUACGAGAAGGCCCUCUCCAGUGUGACAUUUGCAGCAAAAGGCUACUUCGACGCACUGGUGCGGAUGGGAGAGCUGGCCAGCGAGAGUCACGGCUCUAAGGAUCUUGAAGAGGCAGCAUGGGAUGUGCUGUUUCAGAUGGCAGAGGUUCACAGACAGAUUCAAAUGCAGCUAGAGGACAUGCUGAAAUCUUUCCACAAUGAACUACUCACAGAACUGGAGAAAAAAGUGGAAUUGGAUGUUCGCUACUUAAACGCAGCUCUGAAGAAAUAUCAGAUGGAACACAAAAGUAAAGGAGAGAGUCUGGAGAAGUGCCAGGCCGAACUGAAGAAACUACGCAGGAAGAGUCAGGGCAGCAAGAACCCCUCCAAAUAUGGAGACAAGGAGAUGCAGUACGUCGAGACCAUCAGCAGCAAACAAAAUGAGCUGGAUAACUACAUCGCUGAGAGCUACAAGAACGCCCUGUCUGAAGAGAGACGGAGGUAUUGCUUCCUUGUUGACCGUCAAUGUGCAGUGGCCAAAUCGAGCACCACCUACCACAACAAGGGCAGAGACUUGCUAACGCAGAAGAUCCCAUUGUGGCAACAAGCAUGUGCCGACCCAAAUAAACUCCCAGAGCGGGCGAUGCUUCUGGCCCAGCAGAUGGGCUCAGGAGCAGCGGGGACGCUGGGACACCACACCUCUAAAUCUAACCUGAUCAUCUCAGACCCCAUCCCUGGGGCCAAGCCGCUUCCUGUGCCACCUGAGCUGGCAGCUCUCAUGGGGAGCCAACAGUCGAGGAUGAUGGGAGCAGAUAGUUUGCCCAUAGUGAAUGGCUCAGGGGUCCAUGGAGGAGAAGAUUACCAACACUGGAUGGAUACCAGAGCCGCACACGAGAAAUCGUCCCUGCAGUCUCACAGACACGGUGGAGAGACCUUCUCCAAUACCCUACCUGUCCGCAAGGUUGCUCCUGUAAAGCCCAAAAACACUCUGGCAGAGACACAGACCCUGCCCAGGUCAAGCUCGAUGGCAGCCGGGCUGGAGAGAAAUGGCCGGACACGCGUUCAGGCCCUCUUCUCCCAUGCCGCCGGGGACAACAGCACUCUCCUCAGCUUUAUGGAAGGAGACAUCAUCACACUGUUGGUGCCUGAAGCCCGAGACGGCUGGCAUUACGGUGAAAACGAGAAGAACAGAAUGAGAGGCUGGUUCCCGUUUUCUUACACCCGUGUGAUUCCCGAACCUGACAGCAAUAAACUCCACGUCAGUUUGCAGCAAAGCAGGAGCAGCAGUACAGGAAAUCUUCUGGAGAGAGAGAUGGCAUUGCCAACACCUGAUUACGGCAUGCCCACACGCUUCCUCGCCCAGCAGCAGAGCACAUCACACAGCCGACAGAGACCGUACAGCGUGGCGGUGCCAGGACUCUCACAACAACGGCUUGAGGAGUACGAGUCUCGAUUCCAAACAAGCAGGAGCAGACGAACAUAGCUGACGUUUCUGAAGGUCUAGCCCAAACAUAAGUGCGGAGGUCAAAUUGAUUUCGACAGUGUGAGAGGACAGACAGACAGACAGACACACAGACACCACCCUCCCCUCCGUCCACACUCACUUCCCUGUCUUCCCUUAUCUCUCAACAAUCCAUCCCCCUUCACUCCACCCUCAGAGGAAGAGGAUCUAGAUCCACCCUUCCCUCCUUCUCUUUCCCUUAUUUUAUCCAAGUUGGAGGCAGCCUAAUGGAACCGGAAUGCUGAAUAUUCCAUGUUGACCUUCCUCAUCAUACGUUCCUACCAUGAGGAUAUUGAACUUAUUUUAAUAAACAUGUUAAAUUGUCUAUAUGUAUCUCUUGCCUGUCUUUCAUGCAUGUACAUGUCAGCAAUGUAUAAACUAAGUGCGUCACUUUUGCCAUCUAAGGGUCUGCUACGGAUUUAGCAUAAUUUUACUGACUUUUUCUUCUGUGGAACACAAAAAGGCUUAUAGUAUCUAAGCUGAUUUUUUUUCCUUAUAAUGAAAGUGGAUGGUGACCAAAGCUGUCUAGCAAGAUUUUCUGUUUCUGUGAUUGUCUGUUCCUCACACAAAGCUACUGGAUGGCUUCUCAAGUCAUAUGGACCACUUUUAUGGUGCACUUUUUUUGUCAUUUAGAGCUUGACAGCAACUGGUACCGAUCCACUUUCACUUUAUGGAAGAGAGAAGCUCAGAAAUCUAAAUUUUGUUUGUGUUCCGUGCAAGAAAGAAAUGUUGUAUGGGCUUGGAACGACAUGAGGGCAAGUAAAUUAAUUACAUUUUUUGUUGAACAAAAAUGUGUUUUAAAAUGAAACUGGUGUGGCAAUAUGUUUGAAUCUAUUGUUUGUAACAAUAACGGUGAGUUUAUCCAAGUACAAACGAAUGUUAAGGAUUUAAGAAAAAAUACAUUUAGAUUCAGGUGUUUUUUAAUUAUUCAUUUGGAUUGUACAACUGAAUGAAUAUGAUGUAAUUAUUAAACAGCUUUAAGUGUUUUUCCAUCUUAUAUUGCUGAUGUAAAGGGCCUCCGUGAUCUCAUAUCUCAUCUGGAGCGCCUUCAAUAAAGUAUCUGUUUUCUAAAUGCGUCAAGUGUUGAUUAGAGCAGGACAUGUGGAAUUAAUGUACAGUACAUACUUGACUUUUACAGUGUCUCAAGUGAAGACUGUUGAGUUCUGAAAGCCUUGAAGCUGAAUUGGAACAAAUUCUUUAAAAAUAUAAAUAUUGUUGUUUCUUGAAUUCAUGGUUCAUGCAUGAAAGAAAAGACAACUGGUACCUACAUUUCCAUGUCCCUUCACCAACCCCAAGUGAUGCAAUAAGCUGUGAGAACUGUAUGGUAGUGAUUUCACCACAGAUAAGGGGUAUAACCCCCUUAACAUGGUAAAUCACUGUAAUGCAUGGCAUAGAGUGGCUCAUUGCUCAUUUAAAAAAAAAAAAAAAAAACAGAAAGGAAGAAAACAAUAUAGUUUUAGUAUAGGUUGUUUACAGUUGCCAAGCAACAUCUCAACUUUAUUAAUGUAGAUAAAGUUCAAUCAGAUUUUAGAGUCGGAACUGUCUUUUUUCAUCCAUAUUACUGAUGUGCCAAGUCUUAAUAUAAUCCACGUGAUUCAGUGCCUUGUACAUAGUAUAUUUGUAAAUAGCAUAACUUUAAUCAAACACUGAAUUGUAAUCUAAUUAUUUUCUUUUGACAUGGAUGCAUUUAUUUUCUUUGGAUCAACAAGAUCCCUGUACAGCUUUUUGAUUCAAAACAUAUGUAAACACUAGCAAUAAUCAAAUUUGAUACCAUCUUUUUUUUUUUUUCAGUAACAAUUUACACAUUCUUAUAUGCUUAUAAUACACUUACACACCACUUGUGUGAGUUUUAUAGCCUUUUUCACAGGAGUGAAAGCUGAAGUCUUUUAGUUCCAGUGUUGUAAUGAAAGGGAACUGAUUAAACGCUUUGAAAUUGCCUUUUUAUAGAAACAAAAUGAUGAUUAAGCGACAAAAGAGGCGAUAGUUUUGAUGUUUCUCUGAUGUGAUAGAAACACUACAGUGCUUGUCUAUUAGUCAGCAAACAGUAAUUGUUUAAAGGUGCACUGCUUUACAUUUUCUCUGUAUUGUACUUGAAAUGCCAAUAUAUCGUUGUACAUGAAGGUGAUGCACAAUUAAAUAAAAUGCACCUUAAGCAAAGUCCAGACUGCACAAUCACUUUCCCUUAAAGGUUUUCACAUGUUUUCCCGCACUACAUAUUCUACCGGGUGCUUUGUGUCUGUCUCUCCUCCUGUAGUUUUUUUCUUUUGCUUUCUGUUUGUCUAUUUUGUGUGUAACUACACCAACGUCUUGCUGUAGCUCUGCCAACACUCUUCAUCUCUGUUUUGAUGAAUUUAGAGACAAAAGCAGUAAGGUGUCAAGGACUGGAAGCCAUUGCCAGUGUUUCUUCUUUCUGCACUAAAGUAAAGGCCAUGGUACAGCCGCCACGCUGAGAGAUCUGAGAUCUGACCACCUCUAUCAUGUUAUUUGUCGUUUUUUUCUGGAAUGCCCACUUUUGGAUGUAAAAGGAGAGAAAUUACAAUAACUGUACAGAAAAGUGUAUAUAUGCACUCCAAUAUGCAUGUAUUUUGGGCGAUACUAGAACUGUGUAACGUUGCUAAAUGAUCAUGUGACUUUCUACUCUUGAGAAGAUGAAUAAACAUUUCUUCAGA